AUGGCUAUAGUGGCUUUGGUGGACUGGGGUAUAGCUAUGUUUGUGGAUGUGGCAGCUUCUGCAGACUGGGCUAUGUCUGUGGCUUCAGAGGCUAUGGCUAUGACUCUGGUUAUAGAAGCUUUGGAUAUGGCUGCCAUCGCUACCCAUUCUUCUAUGGAUGAUAUGGAUUUUCUAGCUUCUCAAACCAAACUCACCACCCCUGACACCAAGAGCCAUUACAGCAACAAUUACGGAGGCCUGGGCUAUGGCUAUGGAGGCUUUGGUGGUCUGGGCUAUGGCUACGGUUGUGGAUGUGGCAGCUUCCGCAGACUGGGCUAUGGCUGUGGCUUCAGAGGCUAUGGAUAUGGCUCUGGUUCUUGCUUUGAACAGCAAACCAAACUCACCACCCCUGACAGGAACUACUAUGGAGGCCUGGGCUGUGGCUAUGGAGGCUUCAGUGGUCUGGGCUAUGGCUAUGGCUGUGGAUGUGGCAGCUUCUGCAGCUAUGGAGGCUUUGUUGGCCUGGGCCAUGACCAUGGCUGUGGACAUGGAAGCUUCCGAAGACUGGGCCAUGGCUGUGGCUUCAGAGGCUAUGGAUAUGGCUCUGGUUAUGGAAGCUACAGUUACAGCUGCUGUCACCAUCCAUCGUGCUACGGAGGAUAUGGAUUCCUUAGUUUUUACUAA